GUUAUAUGAAAACUUGAAAGGGAAGAGAAAAAACAAAAGCCCAAUUUCAAGUCACUCCCAAACCAUGAAAUCCUCUCGUAGAUGCGGCUUCUUAUCCACUACCUCGUCUUCCGUCACCUACACUUUUCAUAAUCACCAUUCUAUCCUUCUACCCGAAGAACAAACCCACACAAUCCCAAUCGAGUCCUCCACCGAACACCCCAUCCCAAUCACCGUCCAUCUCCCUCAACAAUCACAAAACGAGGCCGCUGCAACCAAGAUCCAAUCUAGCUACCGGGCACACCUAAUUCGGACCCUCUACAAGAUUAUCUCAACCGUCAAUUUGGAGGCUAACCAUCUGCAGCACCUACUCCAGAUGCAGGAGACAGUGGACGCCGUUCGGAGCAGUGAGAGGGAGAGGCUGAGAAUGAACGAGUCGUUGAUGGCGCUGUUACUAAGGCUGGAUUCGGUCCGCGGGAUUGAUCCGACGGUUAGGGAGGCGAGGAGGAAAGUGAGCCGUCGGAUCGUAGGGAUGCAGGAAAUUCUGGACGCGGUGGUUGAAGCGAAGGUCGGCAGCGGCGAUGACGUCGUGGAUUAUGGGGCGUGGGGCCCACCUGGAAAUGGGGGAUUGUGGAGGGACUGGGAUGUGGUGGUGGCAGAGAUGGAGGAGGAGUUAUGUAGGGAGAGAGGAGGGGAGGAAAUGGAGAGGUUCUGUGCUCAGUAUUUGGGGUUUCGGUGCUUGCAAAGGUUUCUGCGUGAUCCCUGAAGUAAUAAUGCUGGUCAUGUCACGAUGCUCGUCAGGACGGGGUUUACACGCUCGGAAUUUUUCAUGUGGGACGGGAUCUAAUAGAAGCAUAUUUCAGAUGAGUUUCCUUGUAAAACAAGAAGUAAUUUAAUUUUCAAUUAUGCUUGGUGGAAAGAAAUAUAAGUAGAGCAGUUAGAAUAGUUGAAUAUUAUCAUGACAGGAAGUUGAAUAUGUUGACCUUUUAUCUUUCCAAA